AGGGAGGGGAGGAAAGACAGCGGCAAGAAGGAAGAGGAACUACAUUUCCCAGGAUCCCGUGCAGCGGCUGCAGCCUUCGAGCGCAAGCUCAAUAUGGCGGCGGCCACGGAGCACGAUUCUGCCGCCGGCUCGUCAGAUCCCAAGGAGGCCGAAGUUCCGGAGACUAAAACAUUUAAAGACCUGGGUGUGACAGAGGUCUUGUGCGAUGCCUGUGACCAAUUGGGAUGGAAGACGCCAACGAAAAUCCAGAUUGAAGCCAUUCCCAUGGCACUGGAAGGUCGUGAUAUCAUUGGUCUGGCAGAAACAGGCUCCGGAAAAACAGCAGCCUUUGCUCUUCCCAUUCUGAGUGCUUUGCUAGAGACACCACAGCGGCUUUUUGCUCUGGUUCUCACCCCAACUCGGGAACUGGCCUUUCAGAUCUCAGAACAAUUUGAAGCCUUGGGAUCUUCCAUUGGAGUUGAAUGUGCUGUAAUUGUGGGUGGAAUUGAUAGCAUGUCCCAGUCAUUGGCCUUGGCAAAAAAACCACAUGUGAUAAUAGCAACACCUGGCCGCCUGAUUGACCACUUGGAAAACACAAAAGGUUUCAACUUGCGAGCCCUCAAGUACUUGGUCAUGGAUGAAGCAGACCGAAUAUUGAAUAUGGACUUUGAGACAGAGGUUGACAAGAUUCUGAAACUAAUUCCCCGAGAUCGGAAAACAUUUCUCUUCUCUGCUACCAUGACCAAGAAGGUACAAAAACUUCAGCGAGCAGCUCUGAAGAAUCCUGUGAAAUGUGCUGUGUCUUCCAAGUACCAGACUGUUGAGAAAUUACAGCAAUAUUACCUCUUUAUUCCCUCCAAAUUUAAGGAUAGCUACUUGGUUUAUAUUCUGAAUGAAUUAGCUGGAAAUUCCUUCAUGGUAUUCUGUAGCACUUGUAACAACACUCAGAGAACAGCCUUGCUACUCCGAAAUCUUGGAUUCACCGCCAUCCCUCUCCAUGGACAGAUGAGUCAGAAUAAACGCCUGGGAUCUCUUAAUAAAUUCAAGGCAAAAGCAAGAUCCAUUCUGCUUGCCACUGAUGUAGCAAGUCGAGGUCUGGACAUUCCACAUGUAGAUGUCGUAGUCAACUUUGACAUCCCUACCCAUUCCAAGGAUUACAUCCAUCGAGUGGGUCGGACAGCUCGAGCUGGACGUUCUGGCAAGUCAAUCACCUUUGUCACACAGUAUGAUGUAGAACUCUACCAACGUAUAGAACACCUGAUCGGGAAGAAACUUCCUGCCUUCCCAACUCAGGAAGAAGAGGUCAUGCUGCUGACAGAGCGUGUAGCAGAAGCCCAGAGAUUUGCCCGCAUGGAGAUGAGGGAGCAAGGAGAGAAAAGGAAACGUUCGAGAGAGGACAAAGAUGACGAUGACACAGAAAAUGCUAUGGGUGUAAGGAACAAGGUCGCUGGAGGGAAAAUGAAGAAAAGGAAGGGCCAGCGGCCACAUUCAUAAAGACUUGCUUUUGAUACGUUUUUUUUGGUAAAAGAGGACUUAAUCAAGAAAGGAACCCCACGAACAAUACUCUUUGGACUGAAACUUUUCAGGCCUGAACCAAGACUCUGGUUAACUGCACAAGUGCUAAUUCUCUGUUUGCUGAUAUUUUAUUACAGAAUAUUUUUUUCUCAAAAUGGCCCAUUCCUGUUUACUGCUGUGCCGCACAUAACCUUAAGCUCCUGCUCUUGUGACAUGAGUACUUUCUUCCCCCUUCUCCCUGCCUUCCUUGAUGAUUCCCAGAUCUGCACAAUCAGGUCUAGAACUACAGUCACACAUCAUCAGUGGGAAUUCUAGAAAUCCCUACCCAGAUCUCCCAUUGUCCUUUCACACUGAGUAUGUCAAAAUUGAAACUCUUUUCUCCCAUACUCAUUCUUCCCCCGAACUUACUGAUUUCUGUUGAGGAGACCAUGAACUUUACUUUCAGCUAGAUUCAUAACCUUGUCGUUUACCUUUCCUAUCAAUAAUCUAGUCAGUUGUCUAUCCUAUUAUACUAUACUACCUAUACGUGUCCUAUAUCCCGUAUAGCCAAUUAAUAGCCAUUUUCCCCUUAUAAUUUUGAGAUAAAGGCUAAGCUGAUGAAAUACAAGUUUUUCUCAUUGUCA